GGGAGGCGUAGUCUUCGUCCCUUGGGCUGGGCGGAGUAGAGGGCGAGGAUCCGGCAGGCUCCGUGUGGCCGGCGCGCUUGAACCUAAACUACAACUCCCAGCAGAAGACGAGGCGGGGCUUGGGGACCGGGAAUAUGGCAGCGACGGUUGUGGCUGUGCUGAAGGGCCCGGGGCUGAAGGGUGCCCUGGUGCUCGGGGGGUUUCUCCGGGGAGCCCCGGGUCGCGGGGCCCCGCUGCGGCACUACCCCAGCCCGCUGCAGUCCAAGCCCGAGCCCGGACCCUGGCCCCCGGGGCUGGAGUACAUCCCCAAGAAGAAGGCCAAGAACCCCAUGAAGCCCGUGGCGCUGGCGUGGGCCAUCGGCUUUCCCUGCGGCAUCCUCCUCUUCCUCUUGGCUAAGCGCGAAGUGGACAAGAACCGCGUGAAGCAGAUGAAGUCCCUGCACAACAUGCGGACUGCCAACCGCGGCGACUACGAGAGGCAGCGGUUCAAGUCCUCGGCCCCAGAGACCCUCCGUGGCCCGGCCGGGGCCGAGGUGAAGUCCUGAGGCGCUGCACCCCCGCCUGCAGCGGGGGGCCUUCGACGGAUGGACAGACGCUGGGCCCGCGCUCCGCUGCGGUCCUCUGCCGAUCCGCCAGGGGGCGUCCGGGCCCAGGUGCCCGGGCAGGCCCCGCCCCCCGAGGCCAUGCGAGCCAGGCCAAUAAAGUCGUUAUUUCCCAGAAAA